AUUUGGACAAACCAGACGUCAUAGCAUCUUCAAGCAGUUUGUAUGUUGGUCAUUCGUUUACAUUAACUUGCAGUAACAUCAGUGGUAACCCACCUACACCAAUACAUGUCACAUGGUUAAAAGACAACAUCAUCGCAAAGAACAGUUCAAGGUAUGAACUAUAUGAUGAUUUUAAAAGCCUUCGAAUUCAUUGCAUCUGUUAAAGACAGUGGAAAUUACCAAUGCAAAGUAGAAAAUGACGCACACAGAGAAGGAAAGAAAAGUUUUAAGCUGACUGUAUCGGUGAUCAAAUUCUACCUUAAUCUUACUUUUGUAUCAACAUCUGGGACUACAACGUGUUCUGCAGUGGGGCAUCCCGAGCCGUCUUCUGUAUUGAUAUACAGAAAUUGGAAAAUUAUUCAGAAAGGAAAAUGUACAGCAACUUUAAAAAGUAACGAAGAGAUUUGCAAAUCAAACAUCACAUGUUAUGCAGAAAAUGGAGAAGGCAGUGCAAAAUUAUCAUUGAAAUCCUGCUCCACAGGUCUUCACGAUUCGAAAUUCACAAAAUCUAAUCAACUACGUACGUCUAUUGGCUUAGCAGUUUCAGCAUUCAUACUUGGCUCUGUUCCAACUAGUCUAAUAUGCCGCUACAUCCAUAAAAGACGAGAACGAAACAUUCAUUUGCUGUAUGGGACCGCGCAUCAGUAUUGUGGUAUGAAAUUUAAGCGUCCAUCUGGAGAUUCUCCCGAAAGGUCCACUGAUUAAUCUCAGAUAAGAUAGUAUUAUACACAAUCUAUGUAUCGAAAUGCACGCCAUCGUGUAGGGAUUCAAUAUUUUAACAUUAAUUAUGUCAUCAUCAGGAAUGACGUCUUCUGCAAUUUAACCUUACUCUAAUUUUAAUGUUUUCUAUGAACAAUCUCUACAUUAACGCACGUUCGAAUACACUAUAUAAUACAGUGUAAUAAUAAUUAUUAUGAUGAUAAUGAUAAUGAAUAAUAGGGCUAAUAACAAUAAUUAUGAUGAUAACGAUAACGGUAGCAAGGAUGUUUCGUAUUAAUAAUGAUAAAUAUGUUUAGGUUAAUUCUUGUGUUGUCCACUUUUUGGAAAAAUCCAAAAUUUGGUAGGUAAGUAGGAUUUUUUUCCCUUUUUAUUUAAAAAAAUAAUUUUUUUUACAAGAAUGUGUUUAUGCCCAAAAAGUAGAAAAAUUAUGUUUAGUUAAAAAAAAUACUAAAAUGCCGAACCUUAAUAGGCCUAUCGCACAUUUUGUAGAGAGGAAGAUAAUGAUGUAGUGAAUAGCCGUAGCGAUGAUGGUAAUGGUACUGAUGAUCAUAAUAAUGAGGAGGAGAGGAACAAUGGUGAAGAUGAUGAUUAUGGUACCGGUAGUGGUCUAGAUGAUGAUGAUGAUGGUGAUGACGACAACGAUGAUGACAAUGAUAAUAUUAUAAUAAAACAUUUAUGUACAAACCCAUAUAUAAUGAAAGGCAUAUAGCUUUAAAAACUGUGUAAGUGUGGACAAUGUUUUCAUUUUAAUGUUGUCUCUCAAUCGUCGCCCCUUUCCCACCUCCCCGACAUCUCUGGAUCCGCCCAUGUUGCAUGUAUCUCAUUCAGUUACAUUUUCACUUACGUAAUGUCAGAAAUUAUUAUGCAAUAGUGUAUUUUUUUCAUCAUUUUCCUUGAAAAAAAUUUUAUGUUUGCAUUAAAAUUAACCUGAUUUGCAAAAGGACCUAAGGUACAACAAUGAUAGAUGUCAUUAUUUUCUCUCAAUUAAUCUGGAAUAUAGAAUAAUAUUCACACCGUUAGAAGGCGACUUUGAUGGUCUAUGUAGUUACAGUUUUCAGACCCGGUAUGUUUUGAAUUCCAGACGUUUUUUGAAGACCUCAGUUUUGCAUUGUGUGUGGUUGAUUUGAAAUGAGCGUAAUUAUAAUAUUGAUGCAUUGCAAUGAAGUUAAAACAAGAACACCGGUAGUAAUGAUUGAAAACAUUUUAUAUAUAGCUUAUUGCCUAAUGAUAAUAAAUAAAAUCCCGUACUUAACUCAAAAUUUUGAUUUCUGUAAAGCUGGAUGUAUGAUACCUUUUAUAAUUACAAAUACUGACAACAUUAUAAUAUGCUCUUGUCCUGACAUGUUAAAUUAGCAUUUAAGAUGUACUGUAUAAUUCUCUUACAUAAAUUCUCAUACAUUAAUUA